UAUGUUUUAUUUAUUCAGUGGAGUGGACCAUUUAACCCGUGUGUGAAAGGUGUGGACCUUUUAUGUCUUCUCUCAGUUCUCUGUUUUCAAGUCCCCACUUGGCCACUUGCCACUUCAUAUAUAUAUGCGCAUUCACCUGUAAAUUCAGUGUCCAAAAUCAUCAAAAAAAAAAAAAAAUGUUAUAAUAAUGAAAGCAGCAAAAACUGAGAAACCAGAUUGUUGGCCAUUGAGUUCUGAUCAAGAGAUGAAUAUCAUGGUAACAGCUUUGAAGCACGUGAUUUCAGGUGAUCCUUUCCAUGGGUCCCAGUUUGUAGAAGAAGCCAUAAAAAACUAUCAGAAUUUGUCCACGUGUUCUCCUUUAGCUCCUGCCACGACUCCAAUACUCCCGCCAAAUUAUGAAAAUACAAAUUCUACUCCUAGUACCAACGGAAAAAAGAGGAAGUAUAAGAAGAGCAUAUACAAGGGAGUACGGCAAAGGCCAUCGGGGAAAUGGGCAGCUGAGAUUCGGGACCCACACCGGGAGGUCCGAGUGUGGCUCGGAACGUUCCACACCGCCGAGGAUGCCGCUAGGGAGUAUGAUCGAGCUGCUGUCCGAUUUCGGGGUCCACAUGCUAAGCUUAAUUUCCCGAUUUCUAAUUACCUCCCACAAAUGCAAGAGCAGCAAAAACAGAAUAAUCAACAUCAGGAUAAUCAAGAGGUUGAUAAUAACAAUAAUAAUCAUCAUUAUAUUGAUAACCAAGAACAGCAACAUAGUAUAAAUGAAGUGAAUAAUGAGAAUGUAAUUAGUGCUAAUCAAGAGGCACAGAGUUUUGUGCAUAUCACUGAUGGUGAGGAACUAGACCAUUGGGUGAACACGUUGAUCGACAAUACCCUUCCCGAGUUCCUUCAAGAGGAGCCACAUUUCAAAAGAACUAGGUUUUAAUAAUACCUACAUCAAAACUCUUUGUAGCUCUAUAUAUACAUGUAAAAAUAUGAAGCUUAGCUUGGUUAUGUUGGUAGACAUUUCAUCUCAUGAUCUUAGGGGUUCGAAUCCCACCAAGGGUCUGUUCUCCCCAGCUUAUUUUCAGUUCAGUUCAAUUCAGUUCAA